UACCUUCUCUCUCUCUCUCUUUCUCAAAAUCCUCUCCUAAAAUCCUAAAUAUUACCUCUCCAUUUUAUUUUUCCUUCUUCGUCUUCGGCUUACCUCUAAUCCGAAAACCACCAUGAGGUUUUGCGUUCUAGGAUUAUUAUCAAUCUUCCUAAUCGCUUCUCCCGUCUCCGCCUGGUUCUUCCCCAACUCCACCGCCAUUCCACCGUCUCUACGUAACACCACACGCGUUUUCUGGAACGCUUUCUCCAACUUCACGGGCUGCCACCACGGCCAAAACGUGGACGGUCUCUUCCGCAUCAAAAAAUACUUCCAGCGUUUUGGUUACAUCCCCCAAACAUACACCGGAAACUUCACCGAUGAUUUCGACGACAUCCUCAAAGCGGCCGUUGAAUUAUACCAGAAGAACUUCGGGCUUAACGUUACCGGAGAACUCGACGCGCUAACCAUCAAACACAUCGUGAUCCCACGUUGCGGUAACCCCGACGUGGUCAACGGUACGUCGGUGAUGCACAACGGGAGAAGAAAGACCUUCGAGGUCAACUUCUCCCCCGGGGGACGUAUACCGCGUUUGCAUACGGUCAAACACUACACGCUCUUUCCGGGGGAGCCACGGUGGCCCAAAGACCGCCGUGACUUGACCUACGCGUUCGACCCGAGAAACCCAUUAACCGAUGAGGUCAAGGGGGUGUUCGCACGCGCGUUCGGACGCUGGGCCGAGGUGACGGAGUUAAACUUCACGAACAUUGAGUCGUUCACGACGUCAGACAUCACCAUAGGGUUUUACACGGGAGAUCACGGUGACGGAGAGCCUUUUGACGGCGUGUUGGGCACGUUAGCUCACGCUUUCUCGCCUCCGAGCGGGAAGUUCCACCUCGACGCAGACGAGAACUGGGUUGUCUCCGGUGACCUUGAUAGUUUCCUCUCAGUUACGGCGGCGGUUGAUCUUGAGUCGGUGGCGGUUCACGAGAUUGGUCAUCUUCUUGGUUUAGGACAUUCCUCGGUGGAGGAGUCGAUCAUGUAUCCGACCAUCACGACGGGGAAGCGUAAAGUUGACUUGACGAAUGAUGACGUGGAAGGGAUACAGUACUUGUACGGUGCGAACCCUAAUUUCAACGGGACAUCGCCACCGUCCACAACCACUCGUCAACGAGAUACUGGUAGCUUUGGUGCCGCUUGGAGAAUCGAUGGUUCAUCGAGGUUGACGAUUUUCAGUCUCUUGUUGUCAACCGUCGGAUUGUUCUCGUGGUUGUUACCGUAGAUGAAUUUUAUUUACUCGAUUUUAUUUAGUUUGAGUUGACAUAAAAUCUUAAUUCUUUGUUUAUUAAAGGAUGGGGAUAUAUACACACGUAUUCAUACAUUGGUUUCUUUUUCGCAUAUACUUUCUGUAUAUAAAAAUUUCUGUCCUACCAAUGUUGAUUUUUUUUUGUUUAUACGUUCUUUGCUGUAGACUUUAGUGGUUAGUAUUCAUUACAUACUAAAAUCACGUUGAAUGCCCUAAGACAUUGGCC